GACAUUUUUACGAUUUCAUUUCUCCGUUUUCUCCUAGAUUUGAGGUUCCGCUGAGAAGAUGUAUGAAACACUCAAGACAGUGUUUGACCACCUUCCCAAACACCUAGAAUUUCUGAAAAAUAUUCCGCUAGAACGCUACGCGUCGCAUUUUCAAAAUGUGGAAAAUCUUGCAAAUAUAAUACACGUCAUACAUAAAGUGCUACUCUGGUAGUGCUGUGCACCGCUGAUCGAGAGUUCACUUAAUUUCAGCUAAUGACCAAUGGCCGACUGAUGGGAACAUUUACAAUGAGUGUGAUUCCACGAGCUAAUUCAUUAGCUCUUCAAGGUUAUAGACAUUGCUGUCACGUCAUGUUACAUUCGCCAGUGGAAGAAAAGCUGUUUGGGUUUUAUCCAGUGAAACACGCUGUUUUGAUGCAGCUUCGUUUUGAUGGUCGCAUUGGUUUCCCAGGAGGAUUUGUCGAUGAUUCUGAAGACCUUGAGACUGCCAUAAACAGAGAGGUCGUUGAAGAGCUAGGAAAAACUACAAACCCUGUGAACAUUGCUCAAGAAAACUAUGUCAUUUCUCAUUUGUACGAGGAGCAUAUGCCAGAACUAGACAUAACAAAGAAACUUUGUUUGCACUUCUUUACCAAGAAGGUUCCCUUAGAGCAGUUCUUGGAACUUGAGACAAGAAGGCCAGAUGCACCAAACCUUGGAUAUGAGGUGCUUGGCCUCAUUCGCUGUCCACUUUAUAUCAUGCGUGACAAACAAGGAGGUUUUCCGUCAUUUUUGAGGAACAACUUUGUUGGAAACUCCAGACAACAGCUGUUAAUCGGCUUGGAGCACGCGGGCAUAUUAACUCAAGAGGAAAUCAAGGAAGUUGUCCACUUCUCGAAAUUAAUUCAAACGUCGCCGCCUAAACUGUGAAGGUUAUUAUAUGGGAAGUGCAGGUAUGUGGAACUUAUGAUUUUGAUUCAUCUGCACUUAAUAAUGUUGCUAUUCUGGGGACGAGAGAGAAGAUCAUAGAAUGCUGUUCGUGUGGUGUGGUCAGAGUGGUUGCGUGGACGCGUGGUUGCGUGGGCGCGUGGCUGCGUAGGUUUGUGUCGUACUGUCGAAGUCCGAGUUCUCCUUGUGAUCUUAUUUCUGUGGAUGUCUUUGCUAAAUGUUAGGAUUUUCCUGUGCUGAACGUUCAUCCUUUGCAUCAAAAUAAAGAAUGUGGAUCGAACAGCGAGUCAAUCUCAAACACUGAUCUGUUAUUUUGAAUGAAGUCUUCAUUUCUUAAUGAAAAACGUCAGACUCGGCAGACGAAAGUCUUUACAAUCAAAGCCUGAAUAUCCUUGUUCAUUAUUACAAUAUAUGGAGCCUGUUGUAUUGAAUGCUGGUCAUUCAUGUAGCAUGGUACGUUGAAUAGUAUUACCCAGAUACAUCGUCAAUACUUAUUAGCUUCUCCCAGGUCGGCGUUCAGUUGGUUGAAACGCAGCGCGAAAAAACAGCUGAGCGAAAAAAGGAGAGAGAGGCUUGGUGCGAGGAGCCUUUCCGCGCCGCGCUUCUCCCCAACUGAUUUUUUUAGGUGAUGUUACAUAUGCCACGUUUUCCGAUUUUUAACGCCGGGGUCGUGUAACUCGGCGCACAGGGCGACUUGUAACGUAACAUUUCGUUGCGCUAACAUGUUGCAGGUUUUUGAAAGCAAUUUAAAAACUGCAACAUUGUUGCCCGAAUUGUGCAUAUUGCGUGUAACAUACCGUUGCCGACCGUUGCUGCAACAAAGUUGCGUCAAAAGUUGUCUCGUGUAACAUGGAUUAAAAACCGGCGUUAAAAAUCGGCUCGUGUAAGAUCACCUUAACUGAACGCCUGGAAGAGGCUAAAUACUUAUUAAUAUAGCCAAUCGUCUCUCCAUACGGACACGCCGAAUGUUUGUAAAUAUAUUCAUUUAUUUAUUGUGUAAAUAGUUGUUGGAGUCUUGCGGUCUUCAUAAUAAUAUUGUAUUUUUAUUUUAUAUCUAACCGUGUCAAAUGUAAUUUCUGUGUUGUCUGGAAUAA